AUGGCGGAGUUCUCCCCAGUCCUGCCUCUACGGGAUGGAGGCGGACGAUUCGGGCAACCCAUCUUCCCAAGGUCUCGGUCCGGAUCAGAAUCAGAGAGUGAAUUAUCACAGAGCUUGGCUCGCACCAAAACCCGGUCCUAUGGCAGCACGGCCAGCGUUACAGCGUCUUUGGGAGAGAAAUACAUUGAACAUCGUGUUACGGAUAGCGAUACAUUGCAAGGGAUAGCGCUCAAAUAUGGUGUUACCAUGGAGCACAUCAAGAGGGCCAACAAACUCUUUAGUAAUGACUGUAUCUUCCUGCGGAACAGCCUGAAUAUCCCUGUGAUUUCGCAGAAGCCUUCUCUUUUCAACGGACUGUCUCUGGAGUCCCCAGACAGUGAGGCCACCACUCCCCAGGAGCAAGCAGAUGUGGCCCCUGAUUCUGAUGGGCCCUCGCCCACUCCCUCACCGGAGCCCAGUGUCAAACCCCCUCAGCCUGAGGAACUCUCAGCCAAGGAUUACUUGCAUAGACUGGACUUGCAAAUUAAACUAUCCAAACAGGCUGCAAGAAAGUUGAAAGAGGAGGAUAGAAGCGAUGAAGACAACACAUCACAGCCAACGUCAUCCUACCAGGAAAUCUGAGGCAGUGGUGGUGGACUGUUUACCUGGAGCCUUUCCAAAUUCCUUUCCAUUUUGCCCUUGUGUUUGUUGUUGUCUGUCCUUCUUUUUAUGUAUUGCUUUUACCAAACCUUGAAAUGGGACAUUAUGUCCAGGCUCUUGCACUGAGGUCAUCCAUUGCCUUUCACUCUUCUAGAUGUAGAAUUUUAUUAUUAUUAUAAUUAUUAUUAUUAUUAUUGAUGCUGUUUCCAAAUUGCACAUCAUACAGUUACCAGACUGUCACCAGGGGGCAGUACAGACAAACAUCACGGAUGAACACCUGCUUUAGCGUAGUCAUUGAUAUUGCAGAGGAAGAGCCUACAUUGAGAGGGAGAGAGAGUUACAGCUCUUUGUGGAUGUAAGGGAGAAGCAUUUGGAAACACAGAAUUCAGGUCUCUAUAUGAUUUGUCCAUCCAUACAUCAUUUGUUUAUUUUUUGGAGAUUAUUUUGGGCACCAGGUAGCCACUACAUGCUUUUAAAGCUGCUCUAGACAUGACCUCUUGACUUCCCCAAAGUAAAAGGAGGGACUCUGCACUAGUAGAUAAUUGCAGUUGCAACAAAUAGGAUAAUCAAUGCUCUCUCUUAAGAAGCCAUCGCAAUAUCACAUCUGAGAAAACUUUCAGUCUUCACCAUGUCAUGUUUCAACUGAAUGACUGAACAUUUACAGCAAGCUGUCCGUGUGUGAUAGCUUAACAAUACUAAAACUUAUUUGCCUAUACAAAUGUUUUGUUAGUAGGAAGGGAAACUUUUCAUUCUUGAGUGUGAAUGUAUUUUAUUUUAUUGUGUGUGUGCGUGUGUGUGUGCGCAUGUGUGAGUGCGCCCGGACAUUGAGUUUGUUGACAAGAAGCAGUUAUAUUGUGCUAUUUUUGUCUUGUUUUGAGUAAUAAUAAAAUGCAUCUGUAAAACA